AUGGAAAACGUUGGUGUUUGUGAUGAGUUUGUUAACCUAAAGGCAACAGAGCUGAGAUUAGGGUUACCAGGAACAGAAGAUGGAUGUGAAGAGGAGAAACAAAAGGUUUCUUGCAUUAAAAGCAACAAAAGAGCCUUACCUGAACCUGAGAAAAACAAUGAAUCUAAAACUGAGACAGCUUCUCCUCCAAAGGCACAGAUUGUUGGAUGGCCACCUGUAAGAUCUUACAGGAAGAACAAUAUUCAGACCAAGAAGAAUGAAUCUGAAGGUCAAGGAAUGUAUGUGAAAGUUAGUAUGGAUGGUGCUCCAUAUCUGAGGAAGAUAGAUCUAACGGUGUAUAAGCAAUAUCCAGAAUUGAUGAAAUCACUUGAAAACAUGUUUAAGUUCUCUGUGGGAGAAUAUUUUGAGAGAGAAGGAUAUAAAGGAUCAGAGUUUGUGCCUACUUAUGAAGACAAAGAUGGUGACUGGAUGCUUGUUGGAGAUGUUCCUUGGGAGAUGUUUGUUUCUUCUUGUAAGAGGUUGAGGAUCAUGAAAGGAUCAGAAGUUAAAGGUCUAGGUUGUGGUGUUUAAGUAAUAUGUAAUUGAGACAGAAGAUCAAAGAGAAGAUUCAAAACAGAGUUUUUGUUUUUCUCUGUUUUAAAGAAUUAAAAGAGGCUUUGAAACUGCUUGGGUUUUCGAAGAAAUAUGUGUCAUACAAAACAUAACAGUGAAUCUUUUUACCUCAUCGGUUAAUGAUUCUCACUUUCUUGUGGUGUUCUUGAUUCUGAUGGUAACAAAUGUAACAGAGAGAUGUUUAAACGGUGGUUAAGCAUAAGUGUGAGGAGAUAUCUAAUCCAAACUGUAGCUCUCUACCUCAGUUUUCUAAAUCUGAACAGUAUGUGUGCUUUUUUAAUGUAAUGGAAACCAUUUUGUGUUAUGUUCUCUUCUGUUUACUAGAUCUGUGUAUAAAAUUUUGAAAAAAAUGCAUCAUCAAAC